CUAAGAACCACUGCUUCUCCUCUCCCACGCAGAACCUUCAAUAUGUCUCCCGCCGCUCUUGAGCCCGUAAUCGCACCCUCCGACGCGCCAGAACAGCCCAAAGAAACCACCACGAACCAUACCGCAAAACCCACCACCACAAUGCCGAAUACCUCCCAUCACGAAGAACACCAGUACCUGAACCUAAUCCGCGACAUCUUGCAAGACGGCGAGCACCGCCCAGAUCGUACAGGCACAGGAACAUACUCCAUCUUCGCGCCUCCGCAGAUGAAAUUCACCCUCUCGCGCCCCUCCGCCGACCCCUCCCAACCGCCCGAACUCGUCCUACCCCUCCUCACUACAAAGCGCGUAUUCCUGCGCGCCGUGAUCGGCGAGCUUCUAUGGUUUAUCGCGGGUAGCACAUCAUCUGUGCCGCUAUCAGAAGCCGGGAUAAGGAUCUGGGACGGCAACGGGUCGCGCGCAUACCUAGACAGCGUUGGCCUAGCACACCACGAGGAGGGCGAUUUAGGGCCCGUGUACGGCUUCCAAUGGCGGCAUUUUGGCGCGGAGUAUAAGGGGCAUGAUCAGGACUACACGGGACAGGGCGUCGAUCAAUUAGCGGAAGUGAUUGACAAGCUGAAGAACAAGCCGUACGAUAGGCGCAUCAUACUGAGCGCGUGGAACCCGGCCGAUCUGAAAAAGAUGGCGCUCCCGCCCUGCCACAUGUUCGCGCAAUUCUAUGUGUCGUUUCCGCGCGCAAAGGAAGGCGCGCUGAAGCCGCGAGGGGUCUUGCAUUCGAUUCUUUACCAGCGGUCCUGCGAUAUGGGUCUUGGUGUGCCCUUCAACAUCGCGUCGUACGCGCUGCUUACGCAUAUGCUGGCUCAUGUGUGCGAUCUCACGCCUGGCACGUUUACGCAUACGAUGGGCGAUGCGCAUGUAUACCUAGAUCAUGUGGAUGCGCUGAAGGUGCAGUUGGAGAGGGAGCCACGGGAGUUCCCAACGCUGAAGAUUAGCAAGGAUGUUGGGGGGAGUAUUGAUGGGUGGAAGGCGGAGGAUUUUGAGGUUGUGGGGUAUACGCCGCAUAAGAUGAUUGCGAUGAAGAUGAGUGUAUGAUCAUGUGUAUACCUACGUGUGUUUGACAGGCUGGGAUCGGACGAUAAUGGUUGGAUCUGGGCCACUUAGGGUAGAAUACUGGCUUUCAACAGCGCACUUUUGUUUGUAUAGAUCUUUGGCGUAACCGA